AUGCGUUUCAUUCCACUUGUCCUUGCCGCCGCGGCAGCCCAGUCGGUCCUUGCCGCGCCCAAGCAGCUCCGGGGCUUCAGCUGCGGCGCGCCCGACCCGGAUGAGCGCCACAUCAAGAUCUCGCAGGCCUUUGCCACCAUCGAGGCCUCGGCUGCCGAGUCGGGCAACCUCACUGCUCGCGCGGUGACGACCGUGGAUGUUUACUUCCAUGUUAUCGCCAGGUCAAACUCGGUUGCCGACGGCUACAUUCCGGACUCCCAACUCACGGCGCAGCUCAACACCCUGAACGCGGCCUACGCCCCGCACAACUUCCAGUUUUCCCUCAAGGGCGUAACACGCACCAUCAACGCGCAGUGGGCGGCCGACGACAACGGCUACGAGAUGACGAUGAAGCGGGCGCUCCGCAAGGGCACCUACCGCACCCUCAACGUCUACUUUUUGCCCGACAUGGGCUCCAACCUGGGCUACUGCUACUUCCCGGACUCUGUGUCCUCCGGUUCGACAGCGUUCUACCGCGACGGCUGCACCGUGCUGUCGGCUAGUGUUCCUGGCGGGAGCGCGACCAACUUUAAUCUGGGUCAUACCACCACCCAUGAGGUUGGUCAUUGGUUCGGGCUGUACCAUACCUUCCAGGGCGGGUGCACCGGUGCUGGGGAUUCGGUCUCGGAUACCCCCGCGCAGGCAUCGGCCACGUCGGGAUGCCCGGUUGGAAGGGACUCGUGCCCGUCGCAGUCGGGGCUGGAUCCGAUUCAUAACUAUAUGGACUACUCUUAUGACUCUUGCUAUGAGGAGUUCACCCCCGGCCAGCGGGCGCGCAUGCAGAGCUUCUGGAACACGUACCGCGCGGGCAAAUAA